GUUCUCAAAGCUACAUUGACUCAAGCAAUUCAUCGUCGGCAUACAUAGAGGGAAGAAAUGGCUUAUCAUAGCAGCUUCUUAACCACCAAGAUCAUCACCGAUGAAACCUUUCAAGUACAUCAAGGAUUUGAUAUGGCGUUGUUGAAUGACAAGACGAUGCCUCCCUCGCAGCUUCUGACGUCUUUGGUCUUGAAGACCUCACGUUUCUUGGAAUUUAAAUCCAGACUUGCUCAAAACCUUGGUUACUCGGUUAACCAUUUCCGUCUUUGGGCAUUGAACAAAUGUCACGAGGGUGAAACCAUCCGGCUAAACAAAGCGGUGCCAGAGAGUGAUGCUGACCUAACAAUGGAAGACGUAAGCCGCGAGAUGGCUUCGAAAACUUAUGAUCUCAUAUUAUAUCUUGAAGUACUCGAUCCGGUCCACGAGGCACUGUCCGCCGAGUCUAGGAAACAGAGGAGAAUGAUCUUUGUCAAGCAUUUUGAUGUUUUAAAUCAGAAAUUGGGUGGGAUCGGUCACUUUUAUGUUGAGAAUCGAGGGGCAGCAAACUUGGCCACUCUCAUCAGGACUCGUAUAAACCUCCCCCAAAAUGCGCAUCUAUUACUUUACAAGGAGGUCCGGUCUGAGAACACAAACCUGGAGAAUUUUACGUCUAGCUACACGUAUGGCGAUCUCAAUGAUGGGGACAUCUUUUGCUUUCAGGUUGAACCUUCCGAACAACAGCUUGCCGAGUUGAAAAGAAAGAAGCUCCACGCCGAUAUAGUGGAAUUUUACGAGUUUUUGGAAAACCGAGUUAUGGUUCAUUUUAAACCUCGCCAUAGUGCCAUGGAUUCGACUAUCGAGUUUUCCUUGGUUCUCAGCGAGAAAUCUACGUAUGAUCAGAUGACCAAAGAAGUCUCAGCAAAACUGAAUCACAGUCCCGAACACAUCCGAUUCACCGGUAGUCUCAAAGGUAUUCCCGAGAGCGUUAUUCAUCGACAGCGUGUACUUAGCACCUCCUGGCCAAUUACCCAAGAAGUCAUCACUGUGACUGACAUGAUCAAGUCAGCAAAGGACGAUUCGAGCUACAGUAGCAGCGAAUGGAAUAACAUCUUAUUUUAUGAACUAUUGGAUCCGCCGACUGGAGAGGCUGAACAGAAGCGGAUGGUGAAAGUAACCUGGACAGGUGCUGCAGACCGGGAAGAAGGGAAAUACUCACUCUUGAUGCCAAUGACUUCAACGAUGAAUGCCGUAGCUGAUAAACUUUCGACGAUGGUCACAUUUUCAAAAAACUCAUCUCGAAAAAUCAAGCUGUUUACCAUCCAAGAUGGCAAAGCUCAAGCACCGUUCACGGGGGAAGAAAUCGUGAAAGACGUGUCUGAGUUCGAAAAUAUCUAUGCCGCAGAAGUCAGCACGAUGACGGUGAAACAGUACGACCCAGCAGCGAUGCUCAAGAUGCUUGAAUUUGUUACAAAGCUGGACGUGGAUGGAAGCAAUUACGAAGAAUGGCUCACGGUUUUGGAGAGUGUUUUAGGAAUGGCUACCGGGAAGGCAGAAAUCUUGACUUCGCCAGGACACACGAUAAGCGCCGCAGAGGAUCUCAUGAUCAAACAAGCGAUCACGGCUUCGGUUGACAAUGCGCUUCUGCUAACUGUUCUCAAAGCUAAAUCUGGAAUGGUGGCCUUUGCUGAGAUUCAGAAACUCUAUACGUUGAAGAGCCGAAGUGGGCACAUCAGGUUGAUGAAAGAGCUCUUGCGAACGAAAUUUGACUUGCAUGACAGGACGGCCGAGAUCGAUAGUCAUUUCCGGAAGGUCGAAACUCUAGUCGACACACUAUUCGAAUCAGGUUUUGAGCUCACUCAGGAAUCCUUCAAAGGCCUCUUAUUCCAUCUUUCGCUCCCCGAACUUGAUAGACCACCUUUUGUGAACAUCUGCAAAAGGAUCGACGAACGGCCCGGAGGUGCCAGUACUGCCUCCAAUAAGGAAUUGGUUCAAAUUGCCAAGGCUGAAUUAGCCCACUUUCGUCAGCGUCGCCAAAGCACUCUGAGCGGACCUAACAACAAGUCAAAGUCAACGGUAAAAGCUGCAACGUCAAAUAGUGAAAUGAAAAGUAAUGACAAGGUGCCAGAAUGAGCGAGCAUCAGUCGUAGCAAAUUUCCGAAGAGAAAAACCGCGUCAAGAAGAAUUUACCUACAUGCCGACGCUCCGAUCUCGAUAGAAACGCUACUGCUGCAAGGAAGGUAAUUUAACAGGUGGUUGAUAGAAGAGUUGCUUUAAUUUUCCUUUUCAACUGAUGUCUCCAACGAUAACUACUUGUAAAAUCAUCAUGUUUUCCAAGAACCUUCACUAUGUGAGAGAAUUUAG